GAAGUGUAGGCCACCUCGAUACGAUGGCUCGAUCUUAGUAACCUUGGAGUAUUUAAAUCAGUGUAAAAUCUAUUCACGGAAUAAACACGCUUUGGCUCCAAAAUUGUGCGUUUGGGUGUGCGUUUUGGUUUUGCAGAAUUUUAGUGUUUGAAUCAUAAAAUGAACUGUUCCUGUGCUGCCGACCGAUGUCCCCAUCUGCAGUAUCUACGCACGUUGCUCGAGAAUAGCCACAAGGAACAGAUCCCGUACGCUAGCCGGCAAACUUCGACGUCCGAAAAUGCCACACUGUGGCAGCGCUGGAAACCGUGCGUUAUGCAGACGAUCAAACUGUCCGGAUGUGUGAUCGAGACGGUGAUGCUGCUGUGGGUGACCAUCACGCGCCUUUGCCUUCGGAUGUGGCUACAGCUGCUGGAUGCAAAUCGUUCCGCUCUGGUGUUGUUCCUGUUCUUCUCCGUUUCGUUGAUCUACUCGAUACUGAGUGGCAUGCACGCGCCAGUGUCAAGGUAAGGGAAGGAACCUCGAAAACGUCACCCGUGAGCAAGAAUGCCCCGGGCCCCGAAAAAUCCGAAGAAGAACCCCAACCGAAGAUGACCUCCAACCGCCUGGUGCGGAAGUGAAGGUUCCGAAGAAUAAGUCGUUUGAAUUUAAAUGGCCACAGAGAUUGGAGCCACUUAAUUGGUGCACGGUACGCUUCACAAUAGCCGUGGUUUUGAUGAAACAAUGCGUGCGUGCGUGAUCAUCUCCUGGCGAUCUUGCUCAUUUUCAUCACGGUAACUCCCGAAACUCAAUCGAAAUAUGGCAAACAUAUUGCUCCAACCUCGGUUUGGUCGAUUUUCCACAUCGAUUGGCACAGAAACGCUUUGCGGUACGGUACCGAGAUACGGUUCCCAUGAAAAAUCAGCUUUAUCCAUGCUCUGUCGCUCAAUUAAACAGAAAUCAAUGGAAUAGAAACAAAUCCCGCACAAAAUUAACCGCGGGAGUAGUUGGAAUUGGAAGCAGCAAUAGCAAACGAAGAUGAACUCUUUCGCUAAAGACUGGCGUCAGGGACGUGUUAAUUAAUAUUUUCCGGGCCCGCGUCUUGGCCAUCGUUCUCCCGCCCCUUAAACAAACGCGGGUGGUCAGUAAUAAGCGGAACCACUAAUUUCAAGUCACCCACUACCAGGGUGGUGUUCUUGACCAGAAUCUUCCGGGCAUGCUGAAGCGGUUGGAUUCGUUUGAAGGUUGGCGAAGGUUUGCCUUUCGCCCGGUCGGAAGAGAAUUGCAGUGGAUUAAGCUGGCCGUUGUUAUCGAUAUUGAAGGGGAAUUUCACUAUCGGUAUGGAGUUCCCAAUAGUCGAUUUUAACUAUCGAGUGUCAUAAUUCUUGGAAUCAGAAGUAACAUAAUCAGCGGAGGAGUUUGUGUUGUUUAUUGGUAUGGAUUUUGAAGAAUUAUCUCGAGCGAGUCCGGCUAGACGAAUAUGUUUUAAUCCUACCACAGAGACUCUGAACUAGCUCUGAGUAUCUUAUUACUCUGAGCCCUAGAGUGGCCGAUAAUAAUGAUAACGAGUGUGGACUUCCCUCAAAACAGCAA